UUCAUGUCGGUCGCCAUGAAUCAAAAUCAAACGUCAGAAAACUCGGAAUAAAAAGUCUGCAGCAGUGUAAAACAGAGUGACAUAGCUAAAAAAUACAAAAAUGGUUUUGGAAAGUACAAUGAUCUGUUUUGAUAACAGUGAUUACCAAAGAAAUGGUGAUUACUUUCCAACGCGUCUCAAUGUCCAAAAAGAUGGAAUUAAUUUAGUUUGUUUGACCAAAGUGCGUUCGAAUCCAGAAAACAAUGUCGGACUGAUGACAUACUCAAACACCGUAGAAGUUCUAGCAACUCUAACAAGCGAUGUGGGUCGUAUAUUCUCCAAAAUGCAUCUCAUCCAACCCAAGGGGGAAAUUAAUCUCUUAACCGGAAUUCGCAUUGCUCAUUUGGUUCUCAAACAUCGUCAAGGUAAAAACCAUAAAAUGCGAAUUGUUGUUUUUGUUGGUUCCCCCAUCAACAACGAGGAGGGAGAACUCGUGAAAUUGGCCAAACGCUUGAAAAAGGAAAAAGUCAAUGUAGACAUUGUUAGUUUCGGGGAUCAUGGUGAUAACAACGAGCUCUUGACUACAUUCGUUAAUGCUCUAAAUGGCAAAGAUGGUACCUCAUCUCACUUGGUCAGUGUACCCCGGGGAUCUGUGCUCUCAGAUGCCCUCCUUUCGUCGCCCAUUAUCCAAGGCGAAGACGGUUUGGGUGGAGCUGGAUUGGGAGGCGCUGGCUUUGAGUUCGGUGUUGAUCCCAAUGAAGAUCCAGAAUUGGCUCUGGCCUUGCGUGUGUCCAUGGAGGAACAACGUCAACGCCAGGAAGACGAACAACGACGUGCAAUUGCUGAUUCUAAUGUGGCUGGAACUAACGAAAAUGAACCCGCUGAAACUACUGCCAUCGUUGCUGCUACUGAAACUAUCGAAGAGCCAAGCAAUGAAGAGGCAAUGUUGCAGCGUGCUUUGGCUUUAUGCACUGAAGGGCCUGAAGAUAAUAUGCCAGACUUUGCAAACAUGACCGAGGAAGAGCAAAUCGCUUUUGCAAUGCAAAUGUCGAUGCAAGAUGCCGAUGAAACAGUUACACAACAAGCUAAACGUCCAAAAACUGACGAAGCAGCACCUAUGGAAGUUGAUGAAGAUUAUUCCGAAGUUAUUGGAGAUCCAGCAUUUUUGCAGAGCGUUUUAGAAAAUCUGCCCGGAGUAGAUCCUCAAUCUGAAGCAAUUCGUGAUGCUGUCGGUUCUCUCAACAAGGACAAAGAUAAGAAGAGCGGUGGUGAUUCUGAUAAAACAAAGAAGAAGUAAAAUGUCUUAAAUUUAAUGAAGCCCACAUUUAAAAAAGAAACUACAGAAAAAGGAGGAGUAUACUCCUACUUAUGGAUAAAUUCUUCAUAAAAAUUCAUUUGCGUUAUACGCUCAUUUACAAAAAAUAAUUAUAAUAAACUAAAUGAUAACACAAUACUUUUCAAUAAAUUACAUUUAAAAAAACAA